AUGGACAAUGUCCGGAAACUGUCCUUCUAUGACGACCAAGGGGUUAACGUGGCGGACAAGGGUGUCCUGGACAACAGCUACUACACGGCCAACCUCCAGAACAUGGUGCUCUUCAACUCCGAUUGGGUGCUGACGCAGGACAAGGCUGCCAGGGACGCGAUGGAACUGUACAAGAAGGACGCCGACACGUGGUACGACCUCUUUGGCAAGGCCAUGGGUAAGCUCAGCGAGCUUCCCAUGGACGAGGGCGCCGGUUGGGAGAUCAGGAAGAACUGCAGAACCACUAACGAUGCCAGCUGGUACUAG